AUGAAGGUCUCAGCUUCCCUCACCACUGCUGUCUUGGCCGCCACUGUGGCUGGCAAGAAGGUUGUCCACAAGCACGGUCUCGGUUUCGAUGCCCUCGAGGGCAAGACUCCCGGCCUUCUCUCUGGCGGUGGCAACCCCAUGCCCUCGCCUUACAAGGACCUUAUCUGGGCUGAAGGCACCUUUAGCGUCGUCAAGCUGUCUGGCGAGCUCCUGACGACUCUGCAGCCCAAGAGCAAGCCCAACGUCUUGGCUGUCAAGCCUGCCCAGGUCGGCUCGACUGCCGGUGCCAUCAAGAUCAACACCAAUGUCGACUCGGCCAACUUCAAGUCCGUCUCAUUUGCCUGUGUCGAGGAGGUUCUUGGAACUAGCGCCCCCGUUGGCUGCACCGUCGCCUUUACAAACACCGACCUCGCCGGUACUGUGACCAAGCGCACUGCUACCUACGAUGGCGGCAGCAAGAUGGCUACUGUCGCCCUUGACUUUAACUUCAAGGAGCGCUUCACCAUCAAGGUCACUGAGGCUGGCCUUGUUGGCGAUCUCGGCAGCCCCGUCUCUGUUGUUCUCGACAACUUUUACUAUGAGGCCACUCUUGACCAGUAA